AUGCAGCUACAACGAUUGAUCCUGAACUGCAGGAUUGAUUGGUCUGCGGUGCAGAUGGCAAGUGAAGAAUGGGGUUUCAAUGUCUUGCGGUUUCAAAAAGCAACUUGCAUGGCUCAAGGUUCUGAGUUGGCUUGCAGCGUCAACAUGCAGCGUGCAGCAGCGCGCAGUUUCAAAGGGCAACGUGCUGAGUCACAAAACCCGAGAAGGAUCACAGUUCAGCUGCAAAGUCCAAGGCAUGAAAUUGCAAUGUUGUUGACAGCAGUGGAAGCCAGACUCUCGGGAUCAAUCAUGAAAUGCGAGUUCAAGAACAAGGGGCUUGCAAUCCUGCCGAGUUCGAAUGUCCAAACCAUCGUCCGCCAUCUCAUCCUCCAGCUUCUGGACAAGCACAGUUCCGGCCUGGGUUCCCUGCAAGUCUCUCCAGGCUUCGACAAAUACCGCCUCAGACCCCUCCUCGCUUCUGUCGCCAGAGAUUCCUUGCCGUCCUUUGUUCCGGGGAAAACAUGUACAGCCACAAGGAGUUUCCAGCCGUCAAACCUACAGACCACAUCUUCGAGUGUCAAUGGAUUGGUGAAGAGCCAGGAUUGA